ACACUGUGAGAGAGGAGGCAUGUGGGUGAAGAACAGCAGAAAUUCUGGAGAAACGGCCCUCACAUAAACAUGUAGGAUCUAACACACACAUACAUGCACACAAACACAGGAAACAGCAGAAUGGACCAGAGAGUUGAACACAGUUUUUAUCCUUCUGAGGGCCAGCCCAGCAGACCCAGAGAUGUGCUUGUUAAGUCAGCCUCAGCAUAUGCAGAUAUCCAAUGGGAACAGCCUCAUCAGCCGAGAAACCCGGAGAAGGAUCCGUUCGGUUACCCUCAUCGUGAGAUCCCCCCAUUGGCCAGUUAUGCUCCUCAGCCUGAUUACAUGACAGCGGAUGAUGAUCUCAUCAAGCCUAAAAAGCUGAUUAAUCCAGUGAAAGCCUCUAAAAGCCACCAGGAGCUUCAUCGGGAGCUGCUUAUGAACCAUAAACGCGGUGUUGGUGUAGAGAACAAGCCAGAACUGCAACGCGUGUUGGAGCAAAGGAAGAGAGAGCAGAUGAUAAAACAAAGAAAGCAGGAGGAGGAGGCCAGGAGGAAAAUCUCUCCAUUGGAACAGGAGCUUCUCAAGAGACAACAGAAACUAGAGGAGCUGGAAAAAGAGCAAGCACGAUUGGAGGACAGCAACUGCAGUGCUCCGGAAUUCAUAAAAGUGAAGGAAAACCUGAGACGAACAUCGUUUACAAGUUCUGGAGAGAAGGAGGUGUAGGGGCAUAAACAAAGACUGGAUCCAGGUGUACCUGCGCACAGCCAGUAACAGAGAGCUGCUGCAGCUCCUAAACACCACCCACACAACUCUGCUUCUCUACUUCCUUUUUCACACCAACAAUGCACUCAUCUCUUUCUGUGGGAGCUUCAGAGAGGCCAGAGAUGAGGACAAGACCCGAAAGGUCCUCUGCUGCGCCUUCAUAUUAGAAGGAGGUUGAUGUUUAAGAGGCUCUGCGAGAGGCUUGAUGGGUUAAAGAUUGACUUUUAAAAGAGUUUGUGUGUAUGCACGGAUGGACAGCUAUGUUCUUGUUCUGCCACAUUAGAUGAAAAAGUCCAAACAAGGUACAGGGAUUAGUUUCAGAGCGGAAAACACAGGCUAUUUCUCUCUAAAUGACAGGCAGAACACGUAUACGGCGGCAAUUAGACAAACAAUAUCAGUAUUACAGGCAAACUGCUUUUUUAUUAAACCGCCAAAUAUUUGUUAAUUGCCUAAUUUUAAACAUCGUCUCUUAUACUUAACAAUCAGCACUUGUCACUUUUAAAUGAAAAUAUAAGAACUGCGAUUAUUUUCAGCUUUCAUCACCCUUGAUGUGCAGUAUAACACCUUGCAAAAAGAUUUGUAAAUUUUCUCCUAGUAAAAAAAAAAGAAAGGCGUUAAUAAAAUAAACAUAGAUCAUCACCACAGUGAUGGCUAAAAUAAUGAUGCACUUUUACAUGAAGCUAACCAUUUAAUUUGACUCGUCAUACAUUUUCUGGUUUGUGCUUACUCCAGUGCCUUUGUUAAAGCAAUGCAACAGGAAAGGCUGCCUGACUGUUACUGUGGUCCAAUGUAUGUCGCAUAGAAUUUUGUUCAAAGUCGUAUCUUUAUGAAACGUUCACUAAUAAAACACUUUUACAUCGUUUGGGUUUUCAAAGCACACAGAAAAAUUGAAAUAUGUCAUUUCUGCCUUUUCUAGCCAUUGUAUAAUGCAAUGAUCAAUGUUUUUCUUUAAAGUUAAUUUAAUUCUCAUGUUGUUGCCGUCAAAAUCAUAAAACAAAUAUAUUGGCUACUUACUAUUUUUUUUUUUUUUUUUUUAGCUUUAGCCGUGACCUUUUUAAUUGUUAUAAACAGAGAACUUACGUGAUAAAGUACACAUGCUACAUAUGAAUAAAGAUAUUAAUGGUUCUUUCA